GCCCAAACCGUCAAAUCGACGCCCAGCCGGAAGUCUUCCUCUUCUCUUUCCGAGUGCGCGUGCGCUGAGCGGGCGCGCUUCCGCCCCCCUAGGAGUCUUCUCCCGCGGGGCAUGCCGGGAGUCGUAGUCUGGGCGGGGGAAGCGGAACCGGCGCCAACUCAUCGCUAAUUCGGACCCAGCCGGCAGGUGAAGCAUGGAGGACGGCGGCGAAGGGAGCCUGGACGGCGGCCGCGCCCUCUGCCUCUUCGACGUGGACGGCACCCUCACCGCGCCCCGCCAGAAAAUAACUCCAGAAAUGGCAGAUUUUCUGCAGGUUCUGCGGAAGAAGAUGAAAGUGGGCGUAGUGGGCGGCUCGGACUUUGACAAAAUCCAGGAGCAACUUGGAGAAGACGUGACUGAGAAAUUUGACUACGUCUUCCCCGAAAAUGGUCUGGUGGCCUACAAAGAAGGGAAACUGUUGAAGAAGCAGAGCAUCCAGAACCAUCUGGGGGAAGAACUCCUACAAGAGCUGAUCAACUACUGCCUGAGUUACAUCGCGAAAAUCAAGCUGCCCAGGAAACGGGGCACUUUUAUCGAAUUCCGAAGCGGGAUGUUGAAUGUCUGUCCCGUGGGCAGAAGCUGCAGCCGGGAGGAACGGAUGGAGUUCUAUGAGCUUGAUAAGAGAGAGCAUAUCAGAGAGAAAUUUGUUGCCGAUCUGCAGAGAGACUUUGCAGGAAGAGGCCUUACAUUCUCAAUAGGGGGCCAGAUAAGCUUCGACGUGUUCCCAGACGGCUGGGACAAGCGAUAUUGUUUGGGCAUCGUGGGCAACGAUGGCUUCAAAAAGAUCUACUUUUUCGGAGACAAGACCAUGCCGGGAGGCAACGACUAUGAAAUUUACACCGACCCCAGAACCAUCGGCCACAGCGUGACGUCGCCUGAGCAGACAAAGCAGAUCUGUGAAGCCCUGUUCUUUAACUAAACCAGGGGGGCUUGUUUCGGACAGGGACGCACCGACAGUCGCUUCCGGCACAUCUCAAAGCCAGAGUGGGCAUGGGGCUUCCCCAAAAAGGAUUCCAGAAGCCUGCCUGUGUUUCGGCAAGUGACUCAUUCUGUUUCCACGGAUGCCUUUCUUCUUAACACCAAGAACCUCUCCUUCUCCCUCCCACCACUGAUACCACGUUCAUCGGCAUGGGGAUGCCGCGGCGUCACUUGCCCUUCCUCACAUCACCGGGUGACCUCGGUCCGGUCACUCGACAAGCUGAUGAAGUCACGACACGAAAAGGAGCGACCCUCAAUCCAGGGAGAAGGAGUCUAUGCGGGAAUGCUGUUUUGGGGGGCAGCCCUGUGUCACACAGGGUGUCGAUUUGCUUCCACGUGGAAACUGCGCAUGCACCUACCUGACACUGCAAAUCCGGCCUCUCAGUGUGCAUUCCUGGACAAUUAAGUGUGUCUUCUGUUCUAGGUCUCAGGGGGUCCAACGGCAGCUAAAAGACCUCACACGGUACAAUCUGGGCAAAGCUAGGAAAACCCACAAGUCUGGUUUUGGCAAAUGAUUGGUUCCAGAGAACUGCCUUUCCUUCUGCAGCCAGAAGAGGGAAGCUCUUUUCCCCCUUCACUGCUGUGUCCCUGUUACGCAAUCUAGGUCCUUUCUCCCGAUUAGAAAGAAGCACAGAAGGUUUGUGAUAGAAGGAGAUCUCUGGAUCCAGCACGCAGUUGCCCCUCUGGCAAGCUCUCCUGCCGUUAUGUAGAACAUUCCCUGGGUUGGUAGAAGAGGCAACAACACACACACAACACUUCUUAGUCUCUUCUUUAGAGACAGUUAAGCGAAACAGUUCCUUUUCGCCAAUGGGGAAAAAUGCAAAUGUGUGUCUAAUAUGGAAAUAAUGGAAACUGUCAAAUGUCACUUGUGUAAAUGGGGAAGAAAUAAAUCUAUUUUUGACUGUU